GCGGGGAGGGCGGAGCCAGGAAGCGGCGAGCGCGCCGGGGAGCGCAGCUGCGGGCGUGGGGAAGGCUGGAGCCGCGCAGCCGGCGGCGCCGAGAGCCACUGCGGCCAGAGCGGGCGGCCGAGACAAAGGCGACGGGCCAGCUGUGAGUGUAUAUAGAUUUUUAAGUAAAACCUCGAAUCCAAAGGAGAAGAACCUUUCAAGGAACAACCACUGACAGUGAGUCUGCAGUCAUCUGUAUGCAUACUGUGGAAUGUUAUCAACCCAGAGAUAACUGAAUGAAUGGGUGGUUCUGUUGACAAGGAGUGACUACUGUUAUAGGCCCAGUGUCGAAAGAAAUUUUUGUACCUUCCUGGUGGUUCAGUAACAAGUCUCUGUGGAACUAGAAGCAAAGAAACAGUCUAUUUCUUUAUGAAAUUGAUUUUAUAAGAUACUUCCAGAAAUAGAAACACAGAAGCAAUAAAAUUGCUAUUUGGCAUCAUUGGAGAUUCAUCAAUUUAGAGGAAGGAGCCUGCUCUGUGAAGCUUCCUGAGCCAAGAUUUGGAGCCUUCCUUGGUGCUCAUUUCUGUCUUGGACUAUAAGCAUGAGUGAAUUCUGGUUGUGUUUCAACUGCUGUAUUGCAGAACAGCCUCAGCCUAAAAGGCGCCGGCGAAUUGACCGAAGUAUGAUUGGAGAACCGACAAACUUUGUACACACAGCUCAUGUAGGAUCAGGAGACCUGUUCAGUGGGAUGAAUUCAGUCAGCUCCAUUCAGAACCAGAUGCAGUCCAAGGGAGGCUACGGGGGUGGAAUGUCUGCCAAUGUGCAGAUGCAGCUGGUGGACACGAAGGCAGGAUAGCACCGGGCCCUCUUCUCCAGUCAUUGUGAAUUUCUGUGUUCUCACUUUCCACUAUUCUUUAAUUUCCUUGUCUUGUGAUUGCUUUUCUUUUCAAUACAAAAAAAAAAAAAAAAGAAGAAGAAGAAGUGUAAUGGCGUCCUGUUCACCUGUCGUGAUUGCUCCAGUGAGACGUGACUGUCCUGCCCUGAGGAAGCUGUUGUCAGACGAGCCCUCAUCUCCUUCAGCUGCUUGCAUGCCUUGGACUCACAGACAAAGUUCUUUGGGUUGUGGCUCACCUUUCAAUUUUUGUUAGAUCUGAUCUUAGCAUGAUCUUUUUAGUGAGUGCUAGCACUGUUUUUGCUGGGGUGGCUAGGGUGUUUUUUUCUUUUGUUGUUAUUGUUUUUUUGUUUGUUUGUUUCAUUUGCAGAUUUCCCACCUCCAGCCUUCUGCCUUAUGAUUUUGUUGGUAAGAAAGAACCUGCUAUUGUUAAUUUGUCAUCACUUAUGUAUAUUUUGGGAAGUAUGAAACCUACAAGCA